AUGGCGGAGACCCUAAGGCAACAACAGCAACAACCGCCACCACCACCAGUACUUCCACCUGUAGUACAAGAUGUUCAUGUUGAGGACCGAACCAUCACUCUCACAAAGGAGUUUAAAAAGAUGAAACCACUGUCAUUUAAGGGGGGAAUAGAACCUAUGAAAGCUGAAUCAUGGGUGCUGGGAAUAGAGAAAUUGUUCGAAGUAUUUCCAUGUACUGAAGCCCAGAAAGUGCAACUUGCCCCCUUUACUCUUGAAGAUGAGGCGCGAAGAUGGUGGAUGCUUACAAGAACAUAUUUUCCUCAAAGCAUGCGAGAUAAGAAGGUGACGGAAUUUGAGACUCUUAGACAAGGAAAUAAGACUGUUGCAGAAUAUGACGCCCAAUUUGCCGAAUUAGCUCGGUUUGCACCUCAUAUGGUAGAUACAGACUAUAAGAAGGCACGAAAAUUCGAAGGGGGAUUGCGGGGUGCUAUUUUAGACCGAGUCAAUAUGCUAAAAUUACCCACAUAUGUUGACCAACCCAUUUCGAAGACACCCUAUAGGAUGUCACCAGCUGAAAUGAAAGAGUUAAAGAUUCAAUUACAGGAUCUGCUUGACAAGGGAUUUAUCCGCCCGAGUGUAUCUCCUUGGGGUGCGCCAGUAUUGUUUGUGAAAAAGAAGGACGGAACACUUCGGUUAUGUAUCGACUAUAGGGAAUUGAAUAAGGUGACAAUUAAAAAUAAGUACCCCUUGCCACGGAUAGAUGACCUAUUUGAUCAGUUACAAGGGCCACAAGUUUUCUCAAAAAUUGAUUUACGGUCUGGCUACCAUCAAUUGAAAGUUAAAGCCGAUGAUGUGGAGAAGACAGCUUUUCGAACCCGGUACGGUCAUUAUGAAUUUUUGGUUAUGCCCUUCGGGGUUACAAACGCACCAGCAGCAUUUAUGGAUCUAAUGAAUCGCGUCUUCAAGCCCUAUCUAGACGAAUUUGUGGUGGUUUUUAUUGAUGACAUUCUUAUAUACUCGAAGAGUGCAGAAGCUCAUGAGGAUCAUCUUCGCCUAAUUCUUCAAACACUCCGGGAGAAGAAACUGUAUGCCAAGUUGAAGAAAUGUGAAUUCUGGCUACAAGAAGUGGCAUUUUUGGGGCAUGUGGUGAUAAAGGAAGGAGUCUCUGUUGACCCACACAAAGUUGAAGCAAUUGUGAAUUGGCCAACUCCCACUAAUGUAACUGAGAUACGAAGUUUUAUGGGGUUAGCUGGAUAUUACAGGAGGUUUGUUCAAAAUUUCUCCAAAAUCGCUGUGCCACUUACCCAACUGACACGAAAAGGAGUUGCAUUCGAAUGGUCAGAGGAACGGGAAUCCGCCUUCCAAGAAUUAAAAACAAGAUUGACGACAGCACCAGUUCUGGCUUUUCCAUCUAGUACCGAAGGAUUCGUAAUUUACAGUGAUGCUUCGCACAAGGGGCUUGGUUGUGUGCUAAUGCAGAAUGGAAGGGUUAUUGCCUAUGCUUCUCGACAACUGAAACCCCACGAGAAGAAUUAUCCCACACACGAUCUCGAAUUAGCGGCAGUAGUUUUUGCUUUGAAAAUAUGGCGGCACUAUCUUUAUGGUACAACCUGCGAAGUUUACACUGAUCAUAAAAGCCUCAAGUACUUGUUUACCCAGAAAGAGUUGAACAUGCGACAACGGCGAUGGCUCGAGUUGAUUAAGGAUUAUGACUUGCAGAUCCAAUAUCAUCCUAGUAAAGCUAACAUGGUGGCAGAUGCACUUAGUCGGAAGAAUAUGGGGGACUUGGCAAAUCUGUUGGUAGAAAGAAAGGAGUUGAGGAUUGAACUGGAUAAAAUGAAUAUGGACCUAGUGGUACGUGAACAGGAGGCCAUACUAGCAGCAGUAAGAGCUCAACCCACCUUGCUGGAAGAGAUUAAGUUACAUCAACUGGAAGAUGAGACUUUAAGGAAAAUCUAUGAAGAGUUAGAGGCAAAACCAAAAUCGGGAUUCAGUUAUGUAGAUUUGACUCAAUAUAAUGCGGAUAAGCUGGCAGUACUGUAUAUAAAUGAAAUUGUAAGGCUUCAUGGUGUUCCAGUGUCAAUUGUGUCAAAUAGGGACCCCAAAUUUGUUUCAAGAUUUUGGCAAAGUUUACAGGAGGCUAUGGGAAGCUGGGAAACCCAUCUAUCGUUGACAGAGUUCGCCUACAAUAACAAUUACCAUUCGAACAUUGAGAUGGCACCUUAUGAAGCUCUAUACGGAAGACUGUGUCGUUCCCCUGUAUGUUGGGCUGAAGUUGGGGAUAGGGCAUUGUUGGGACCUGAAAUUGUGCAAUCAACAACUAAAAAGGUUAAAAUUAUCCGGGAGAGGUUGAAGACGGCACAAAGCAGGCAGAAGAGCUAUGCAGAUAACAGACGAAGGGAUUUGGAAUUUGAAAUGGAAGAUGAUGUCCCACAUGACGGUGCUCCUCUCGAGGUUCCACCUAUUGCUGCUGUGGCCGACGGGGUGGGAGAUGAUAUUGCCGCUGAUUUCAAGGCAAAGAUGGUCUUUCCUCCAGGGCCCAAGCCUGAGGGUGACUCUCGCUCCUGGAGAGGAUACAGGGCGGUGAUGGCCAAAGAAUGGUAUCAUGAGCUUCCAGCUUGGGUCCGUGAGUUGGUCGACGAGGCGGGCUUUGGCUUAUUCUGCACUGAGCUAUCACGACACUUGGCCAGCCGGGCCUUACUCAGAGCAUUGAUGGAGAGGUGUUGGGACACCACCAACUCCUUCAACUUCACUUCCACCGGGGAGAUGACAAUGACCCCCUAUGAUUUUUUUAUGAUCACUGGCUUGAGAGUAGGGGGUGAUCCGAUCCCUUUUGACAUGGAUAUCGGCCGAUGGAAGGCAGCACAGAUAUAUUUGGUCGAGGCGUGCCCUGUGCUAGACAGACCGACGAUGGUGCGAUACAGCUGGUUUUACAAGCACUUCCACGGGAGCCAGUCGGGGACACAUCAGAAGAUAAAGCAGUACACCUGGCACUUUCUGAUCUAUCUUCUUGGUACCAUCUUGUUUGUGAACAAGUAG